CCACACACAGAUAUGUAUAUAUAUAGACAGUAACAAGGGAGUUGUUAACAGGACAGCUUCUUCCUAAAACAAAGAGCAGACAUACAGUAAUUAAAUAACAUGGAACAAAAUGGCGGAGUUAUCCUACAGAUUGAAGAAAGAAAGAUUCUACCAGCAUGAUCAUCACGCUGUAACAUACUUCUAUCAUGAAGUACAUUUAUAAUAUAUAUGUACAUGUAUGUAGGUAUAGAUACCUACUGUACAUACUUGGGUGAUAUGACGAGUGUUGUUUGAAGAUGUGCACGUACUCACGGGACGUAUGAAAGAAGACUUAAUAACAUGGUAUCGAUAUAUGUCAUAACGUAAAACGGACGCCAUAAUAACUUUGAACGUUUUUUGAUAUGGCUGGCGGAUAUUGCACUGUCGAUAAAAUGAACUUUGAGCACAUCAAAAGGGGAUGGCCAUGUUCACUUACAUAUCAAGAGAUAGCUGGCGUUCGUCAGUCAAUCGAAGGACAUUUCAACAUAAAUCAGGACAAUAUAUCACCACGUCUGGCACAGAUUCUGGACGAACAUCACGGCACAGAAGAAAUUGUGUACAUUAGGAGAAAGGCGUUAAGUGUUGAACGUUAUAUACAAUGUGAUGAUCAUGCAUUUGUCUUCAAAGGUGGAAGUGUUGGAGACGGAUUUUCGAUGAUUUGCUCUGAUAAUGAUCAAAUGGAAAUCGUGAAAAAUGUAGUGGUAACACACCCUGAUCAGGUGCACCGCCUCCCGCGACACAGCGCAGACAAGACCAUCCUUUUGAUGAGACCAGAUGGUUGCAGACCUGGGUACGUAAAACUCCAAGUAGCUAAAAUUGCGAAUGGAGAAGGAAAGCAUAGUCUAUUUCAGAACGCGAUUGUUCCAGUUGGAGACUUACUGCUGUUGUCCAGUGAUAUUUAUAGACAGGGUCAUGUGGAUUUUUUGACUGCAUCAGUCUCUGGAGUAGUUUAUGUUUCUAACGGUCCUUGCAGAACAAAUGCACAUGAUGGUCAUAGCUAUGAUUGUGCAUAUGCCUUUCCGUGUGUGUGUUGGCCUAAAGAAGCCAACGAAUGGAUUUACCGAACUCGUCUUCAUGGAUGGCCUACACAAGCUUUGAUUCAUAGGAUUGUUGAAGCUGGGUGUCAUGUCGUACCUGUUGGUGAUAAAUGUUCCACAGACACAUUACUACAAUGGAGAAUUUCUUUUGCCUGUGCAGAGCAGCUGUUGAUUCAUUCUCUUACACACCCACAGUUCAGGGUAUAUGGAUUACUGAAAUAUUUUCUUUUCCAGAUCAAGGAGUUGUUGGAACACAUUAUCGGAGAUGAUGACAUUCUUUGCUCAUACUUUCUCAAAACUGUUAUAUUUUUCGCGGUUGAAAAUUCUCCACAUUUGUUAUGGGACGGCAAUCACACAUUUGUUUGUUUCCGUUUUUGUCUGUCGAUUUUGAUUGCAUGGGUGAGAACAGGUCACUGCCCGAACUAUUUCAUUCGAGACAACAACAUGUUUUUGAGGAAAGUUCACGGUGAAGCACGUCAUAAACUGUUACAUUUACUCACAGAUCUCUAUCAUUUGAAUUGGGUUGGCUUAUCAUUGGGCACUGAUUUUGAAUCUUACAUAGGUUGUUACGUACAGCUCGGCCCGCUGUGUUCGAAACUGCGAUCAGAAUGUAUAAGGGAUAUAGUAUUGUUUGCAACAAUGAGCCACGGCAUGUCCGGUCACAAACAUAACAGUCUUUACAAAUCACUGAAAUGUCUCCACGCGGCUCACACAGAUAUCGAUAUAUUUAUCACAUACCGCGCCGUAGUAAGACUACUUUACUAUGUAGUUGUUGAGUUACUGAAUGAAUACCAAAACGCCAGGGGCAACAAGCAGAAGUUUAUGAUCUUAAGGAAAUGUAACAAUAUAUCAAAAGUAGUCAGCCAGGUAUCAGGACUUUUACCUUUAGCCUCAUUCCAUUAUCUCACAGGAAAUUACAGCAAAGCACUACGUGUAUGCCGCGAAAUGAUGUCGAGUUUUAGAAUUUUCAUUGACGAGAGAUUUGCAUUGAUUGAUGACCGAUAUUUUGAACCAUACGAACGACUUUACUGUGGGAAAGAAUACACACUGUGGCAAAAAUUCAAGGAAGGCGUCUAUUUUUCAGUUUACUUUAACAAGGAAAAUAUUAUGCUUUGUCCUCCUCAUUUACACAUGGAAGUCACUAAAAUGCUUGAAGUAGAUAUUCCACCACUGUCAUACGCAAUAUUCCUGUCCUUCCUGUGCUACCGCGAACUUGGUGACUUGAGGAAACGUGACACGGAGCUAGUGAACUUGCGGGCGGCCAACGAUGACCCUUAUCAAGGAGGACACAAAUUCUGGAUUGUUCACACAAUACUGGGGAUCUGUUACCAAACUGUGGGAGACAAGCGCAGGGCCAUCGGGUCGUUUAGAGAUUCUUUACGUGUAAAACCUGAUGGUAACCCUGCUAAAGAGAGGAUAGAGGCUCUGCGGAGUUCGCGGUAGAGAAAAUGGAUAGGGCAUAGUGUAAUCCGCAAAUAUUCGAGGUUAGUGAGACAUGGACAGUUGCUGUGUUGUAGAACAGGCGUGAUACGUCACGAAUAUAUCACAAAAGCAUAGAAAUCAAUGGCGGUUUCAAGCAUAACAAUGACAAUGACUAAAACGCUCACGGUGUAAUACAAGUAUCCAGAACAUGUUGGAGUUCGCAGUAGAAAAAUGCACAGCGCAUAGUGUAAUCCGCAAAUAUUCAAGGUUAUUGAGAAUUGAACAGUUGCUGUAACUGUAGAACAGGCGUGAUACGUCACGAAUAUAUCACCAAAGCAUAGAAAUCAAUGGCGGUUUUAAGCAUAACAGUGACAAUGACUGAAACGCUUACGCAUGUGGGUUAAUGUUACGUCCCGUUUUGUUGCUCAUUAGUGUAUUCAUGUAAAAUAUACAUUGUUGUACAUUGUUGCAACUUGUA